GAAGACAGUCCUGAAUCAAAAGCAGAAAGAGAAUUAAAAGCUUCCCAGAAAUCAAUCAGAAGACACAGAAACAUGCACUGCAAGGUUUCUUUGUUGGAUGACACAGUCUAUGAAUGUGUUGUGGAGAAACAUGCUAAGGGACAAGAUUUGCUUAAACGAGUAUGUGAGCACCUCAACCUUUUGGAAGAAGACUAUUUUGGUCUAGCCAUUUGGGAUAACACAACCUCUAAGACAUGGCUGGACUCUGCCAAAGAAAUAAAAAAGCAGGUUCGUGGUGUCCCUUGGAAUUUUACAUUUAAUGUAAAGUUUUAUCCACCUGACCCAGCACAGUUAACAGAAGACAUAACAAGAUAUUAUUUAUGUCUUCAGCUUCGGCAGGACAUAGUUGCAGGACGUCUGCCUUGUUCCUUUGCAACCUUAGCAUUGUUAGGUUCUUACACCAUCCAGUCUGAGCUGGGAGACUACGACCCAGAACUCCAUGGCGUGGAUUAUGUUAGUGAUUUUAAACUGGCCCCGAAUCAGACCAAGGAACUUGAAGAGAAGGUCAUGGAACUGCACAAGUCAUACAGGUCCAUGACUCCAGCUCAGGCUGACUUGGAAUUUCUUGAGAAUGCCAAAAAGUUAUCUAUGUAUGGAGUUGAUCUUCAUAAAGCAAAGGACUUAGAGGGAGUGGAUAUCAUCCUAGGUGUCUGCUCUAGUGGCCUUCUGGUUUACAAAGAUAAGCUGAGAAUUAACCGUUUUCCUUGGCCGAAAGUGCUGAAGAUUUCUUACAAACGUAGCAGCUUUUUCAUCAAGAUUCGGCCUGGAGAGCAAGAACAGUAUGAAAGUACCAUUGGAUUCAAACUUCCCAGUUACCGAGCAGCUAAGAAAUUAUGGAAAGUCUGUGUAGAACAUCACACAUUUUUCAGACUGACAUCUACAGACACCAUUCCCAAAAGCAAAUUUCUUGCACUGGGAUCCAAAUUUCGAUACAGUGGCCGGACCCAAGCUCAGACUAGACAAGCUAGUGCUCUCAUUGACAGGCCUGCCCCACACUUUGAGCGUACAGCAAGCAAACGGGCAUCUCGGAGCCUUGAUGGAGCAGCAGCUGUUGAUUCGGCAGACCGAAGUCCUCGGCCCACCUCUGCACCAGCCAUUGCUCAGAGUCAGGUCACAGAAGGCGGCGUCCCAGGGGCACCUGUCAAAAAAUCAGUGGCCCCCAAAGCACAGAAGGAAACAGUGAAGGCUGAAGUGAAAAAGGAAGAAGAGCCACCUGAGCAAGCUGAGCCAGAGCCCACAGAAGCAUGGAAGGUGGAAAAAACCCACAUCGAGGUCACAGUACCCACCUCAAAUGGUGACCAAACACAGAAAAAGAGAGAAAGACUAGAUGGUGAAAACAUUUAUAUCAGACAUAGCAAUUUAAUGUUGGAGGAUUUAGAUAAGAGUCAAGAAGAGAUCAAAAAGCAUCAUGCCAGCAUCAGUGAGCUGAAAAAGAACUUCAUGGAGUCUGUACCAGAACCACGGCCUAGUGAAUGGGAUAAACGUUUAUCUACUCACUCGCCCUUCCGAACUCUUAACAUCAAUGGGCAAAUCCCCACAGGAGAAGGACCUCCCCUGGUGAAGACGCAAACUGUCACCAUCUCAGAUACUGCCAAUGCUGGGAAAAGUGAAAUCCCAACCAAGGAUGUUCCUAUCGUCCACACUGAGACCAAGACCAUCACUUACGAGGCUGCCCAGACUGACGACAGCAAUGGGGACUUGGACCCAGGAGUUUUGCUGACAGCUCAGACCAUCACAUCUGAGACCACAAGCAGCACCACCACAACUCAGAUUACCAAGACUGUAAAAGGUGGGAUUUCAGAGACUCGGAUUGAGAAGAGAAUUGUGAUCACAGGAGAUGCCAAUAUUGACCAUGACCAGGUCCUCGUACAAGCCAUCAAGGAGGCGAAGGAGCAGCACCCAGACAUGUCAGUGACCAAGGUGGUCGUCCAUCAAGAGACCGAGAUUGCUGAGGAUUGAGCUCAGGAACUAUCCUACCCCUAACUCCCUGCCAUUCUCCCAUCCAAGAGAAACCAGCGAAAUGAUGAAGCUAAUCUGCAAUAGACUUCAGACUUUCAAGAUUAUUCUAAACCACCAGAAAAUUAAUUUCAUUUUCUAUUUGGAGUUUAUACCAAGAGAUUCUUCUAGAUAUCACUGAUCCUUUUGAAGACCUUUUUCUAUAUUGUGAUAUCAGAAAUUCUUCAACUUUUCACAUUAUGGACUGUUUUAAAAGAGUUUUUGGUUUUUUAUGGGGUGGUUUGUGACCCCUUCAGCCUAGUCUCUGCCCAUUUAUUUCCAAGCCCAAUACUGACAGGGUCCACAGAAUUCUUCAGGAAACCCUCCAAAGACUGUGUCAGCUGUGUGGAGGCCAAAGCCAGCUCAGUGGAAGGAACUUCCAUGCUCUUCCCCUAGUUUUAUACCCUUUGGAUGACAGCAGAAAUUUUAUGAGCCAGUUCUUUCUCAGAGCUAAUGAUGUGACUUUACUAGAAUGUCAGGCAGGGCAACUGCCCUGACCCACAGACCCCAGAAAAAUAUCCCUGUCCCUUUGUUAAGGGUGGUUUUGGUAAGGCAGCGAUCUCUGCUAAGAAUGUAAUAUUGUUUUUCCUUCCUCCCUUUUGUUCUUUUCUUUUUGGAGCCUCUUUGGGUCAAAAACGUAAGAAAUGGCUUAAGUUAUAUCUGAUACUGUGAAUGUUUGACCAUAUCUGUGGCCUUCGCCUCUCCAUCUGCCCUCUUACCUCAUCAGAAGCAGUGGCUCUGCUAAGUGCUCCCCCAGCUCCCAUCUCAGGAGAACAAAACUCACGAAAAAGUAGGGACUUUUGGCCAAAAGCUCUAAUGGAGUAUUUUUAGUGGUGAUUUGGAGAAGGAAAGUUAAUGAGGUUUUUAAGGUUUUCUAGUUGUGAGAGUGUGCACUUCACAUAGGGAAAAGGUGGUUUACCUCAAUCAGAUCCUAAGAAGUAUUUCCAGGUGACCAUCCCUGGGCCUCUUUCAUCCCGGAGGAUAAGGAAUGUGGCUCAUAGAGGAGGUUGUGUGCUUUGACCUUUCUUCUUGCACACAGGCGCCUGCUGAGGACACCCUUCUGGAGCAAGGGAAUUGGCUUUAGGGCAUCCUCCCCACAAGACACCACAUGACAAGGGCACGAGCCCCAGCGCCACUCCCAGUCACCAUCUAAGGUCUGUCCGGUUUUAUAGGCUUGAUUUUGUGGUGGGUUUUGGACUUAGUUUCUCUUCUUUUUGAUUUCCUUCUUUCU